UUCUUAGCCAGAGUUUCAUGUCAUUGACAAAAGGAAGAGGAAGAGGAGGAGCAGCACAUUUGCUUGCUCUCCAAGCACUAAGAUUUCAUUCCAAGAUCGCUCUUCUGGUACCGGUUGAGCGGGUCAAUUAAAGUUUAUGAUCAUUGGAAAGCUCCUGGAGCUGGAGGGGACAUCUUUUGAGUAGAGAGUGAGGAUCCUUGGAAGAAGAAGAAACUCUCACUCCACCGCCAUGGCCGACGUCGCGGUCAUCAUCGGCAUAAUUGGAAACAUUACCUCGAUCAUGGCGUACGCAUCGCCAGUGCCUACAUUCUGGUACAUCUUCAAGAAGAAAUCCACCGAGUGCUUCUCGGCUCUCCCUUACGUUUGCACGCUCCUGACGGUGCUCUUGGGCCUCUACUAUGGUUGCAUCCGCCCAAACGGCAUGCUUAUCAUCACCAUCAACAUCGUUGGCAUCACCUUCGAGGCCACCUACCUCGCCAUCUUCAUCACGUACGCUACCAAGUUUAGCCGGAUCAAGACGGUGAAGCUAGUGUUGCUCGAUCUGGCGGUGUUUGGCGUGGCGGUGCUUCUCACUAUGCUCCUCUCGCAUGGCAAGCUCCGGGUGAUGCUGGUGGGAUCGAUGUGUUCCGCCGUGGCCAUCUCAAUGUACGCUGCUCCACUCUCAGUCAUGAGAAUGGUGAUUCGCACCAAGAAUGUGGAGUUUAUGCCCAUCACGCUCUCGGCCUUUCUCGCCGUCAAUGCUUCGCUCUGGUCGGCCUAUUCCUUCUUCUCUCGCGACAUCUUCAUCGGGAUUCCUAGCGCGCUUGGAUCGCUCCUCGCCAUCGCCCAGGUCUUGCUCUAUCUCUUCUACAGAAACGCGAGCAAGAAGAAGAAGGCGGCGGCAGCGACGGAUGCCACCGACGAUCUGGAGAUGCAAAAGAUCGAGGCCCUCAGCAACAUCCCGAGAGCUUGCACUGUAAGCAACACCACCACCACCAUGGAAUCAAGACUGGCUGACGAGAAGCCAAUCAAAAACAUGGACGAUCAAUCCUCUCCAGCUUGAUCCCCUGGCUUUUACCCAAGAAGAAACGAACAGGAAUUCUACCAAUCAGUCAGUUCGCUUAAGAAAGGUGGUGGGUUUGACAGUGUCAGCGAAAUCUCCCAGCUUUUAAUCUGGAUUCAAAGCUACUUAUAUUUAGAAUCGAAGGAAAAUGUGUUCCUCCCGGGAACAUGCAUGUUUUACACCUGUAU